AUGAAUGAUGAAAGUGAUUACUCAUUUGAAUUGAAUAGAUAUGAACCAAAAUAAAUGUUAGGAAAAGGAGCUUUUGCAACUGUUAUUUCUGCUUUUGAUUAUGUAAUGAGAACUAAUGUGGCCAUUAAAAUAGUUGAAAAAAAGAUGUUUAAAAGUAAAGAAUAAGAGGAUGCUAUACGUCAGGAAGCAAUGACACUUUAAACUCUAUUCCAUCGAAAUAUAAUUUAGAUAUUAGACGUAUAAUAAUUAUUCUAUAACAUAACUUAAGUUUAUUGAGACAAAGCAAAAGUUUUACAUAGUAAUGAAUCAAGUAGAUGGUGUAACACUAGAAAAUUAUAUACCAAAGCUCUAGCAAAAUGAAGUUAUUCCAAUAACGAAGCAAAUUCUAAAUGCUUUGAGUUAUUUACAUUAAAAAAACAUAGUUCAUAGAGACAUAAAGCCUGAGAAUAUAUUAAUAAGUGUAUCUGGAGGAGAAUUAUUAGUAAUCUUGAUAGAUUUUGGUUUAUCAGCAUCUGUAAAUAGAAUAGAGGAAGGUUUGAUGAAUAAAAAUUGUGGUACUUUAUUGUAUUAAGCACCUGAAUUGAUAAAAAAAACUAGUUAUACAAGAGUAAUAAUAAAAAUAUAUGUUAAUAGUCGGUUGAUAUUUGGGCUUUAGGAAUAGUUGUCUAUAAUAUGCUUUACAAUGGAGAACAUCCCUUGUAUAAAAAUGGAGAUACUAAGAUAAAAUAUGCUGAUAAAAUUAAGAGUUUUUCACUGAACUUUAAAAUGAAUGAGGAUUAGAAUGCAAAGAAUUUCUUAGAAAGAACGAUAGCAUAUUUACCAGAAUAUCGUUUAACAGCUGAUUAAUGUUUGGAACAUCCUUGGAUUACAGGUAAGGGUGAUAUUUCAAUACCUUUUACAUUGAAUGAAAUAAUUUAAUGUUAAGUCAAAAAAGAAUAGAAAAUAGCUAAGUUUAUAAAGAUGUUUGUUUUUAUGAGAUAUUUGAUUAUUAGAUAAAAUGAUAUGAAAACAGAUGAGAUAAAUGAAAUUGGAUCAUCUAAAGAUAAUGUAUCGAUGAUAGGAUCAGAAUUAUCAAUGUCUUAAAAUAGUUUUAGGAUACGUCCAUUAUUAAUGAUUAAAUCUUAGACUAAAUUUAAUAAAUUAUGGAAUAAUAAUAAUAAUGAUAGUUCUACUAGUAAUUCAUUUGUUGGAAAUAGUAGUAGAAAUACAACAGAUAUGAUACCUGAGAUAUAAGUAAAUAAACCUAGUUUUGUAAAGAAAUAAUUGAGGAAAAGUAAUUCUAUAAAUCCUGAAGAGAUGAUUAAUAAAUUGAUAAGAAAUUAGAAUUGUCUAUAGAAGGUAUAAAUAAAAUUUUAAAUAUAAAGGAAAUAUAAUAGAAGAAUAGGAGAGUAAUUUAAAAGGACAAUAAAAUUAGUAAAAAAGUAUUGACUGAACCUCAAGAUUAAUUGAGUAGAGUAAUAGACUCACAUUAAGUAGUUAAUAGAUUUCGAAAUAUGUAAAGAUAAAAUUUUUGUAAAAAACUUGCGUAAUUGUGAUUUUAGUAUAUUAUUAAUAUUAUGCUCAAAUUUUUCAGAUAGGCUAAUUUAUUUAAGCCUUAGUUCAUGAGAAGAUACGAUUAAGCAAAUUCUCCUCUUCAUUUAGCACUAGGUGAUACAUCUGAAUUGAGAACAAAGCUAUUUCCAGAGAAGAGGAGAAUCCCAGGAAGAAAAGGGAAAAUAAUAAUAGCAAUUGGUAUAUUAUUUUAAGUGUGGGGCAUAAUGCAUAUAGUGGAAGUGAGAAGACAAUUCAGGUAUAGUUGAAUAGUUAAAUAAAAUAGACGAAAAGAGAUGGAAUUGAAAAAGAUGUAGAGAAAAUCAUUACCAUUUUAUUAAGCCAUGUAAGAUAUCAGAUAUUUGGCUGCAGAAGAUAAGAGAAACAUAUUGAUAGAAGAAUUGUUUGCUGAUCAUGGAUCGGAUUACAUUAAAUAGAUAACAGACAUCUAUUUCUAAAAGGAUAUAUGGUAUAAUAUGUAGAUUUAGAAUAUAGGGUUCCAUUUAAGAAAAGAUCUGCUCAUUAAUAUACAAGAGCAACAAAAGAUCCAUAUCCAUAUUUCGAUAUUCCAGGAUCACGUUUCUUACACGGCUACGACGUAUACAACAUUUGAUUUAAAUAUC